GGCUAAUCGAGUGGACAAAACUAAUUACCUGAGUCUCAAAAUUGGUAAGUUUCUAUGGGAUCCCAAAAAACUUUUUUGAUAUUCCUUAAUUACUGCUGCUAUUUUUGUUUUUUUUAUAUUAUUAUUUUUUAUUUUUUUACCUUUUUAUCUUAGUAACCAUCUUGAUAAAAAAUUUUACUUAGGGAAUCUAUUUUUUUUUUAUUUAUCUAGAUUCUUUAUACUAUUUUUAUUAUUAUUAGACUUAGUUUCUUUAGUCCAGGGGAAAAAAAAAAGGACCUGAAACGGAUUUGAAAUACCGCAUCUACUUAGAGCCAAAAAAUCAUAUUUGACCUUGGCAUAAAAUAACGAAUGAUAAGAAUAAAGCAAAAUAAUGAAAAAGCAAUAAGACACGUGGACUAUAGAAGAUACAUUGAAAUAAUGUGGCCGGUGCCUGCUUAUGAGUCGAGACUUUUUUUUUUUUGUUUUUGUUUCUCUUUUUGUACCACUUUUUUUUUUUUCAUUGUUGAGGAACAAGAUGAUGAUGAUGACAACCUCAAAGAAAAUGCCAAAAAUAGAAUCCAUCACUACUCUUUAUACUUCAUACUAGAUCCCUUUUACAUCUUUAAACUAGUUUUUUUAGCAUAAUGAUGACUUUAAUAAG